UCGAGUUUAAAGGAUCUUGUGUUUCUCUGCGAGAAGCCAACGCAGCUCCGGCACGCAGACAGAAGGAUGAAGAAGGGUGGCAGGAAAACGAGCAGGUGCUUCUUCUGCCUCGGCGCGCCGAUUCGCGCGCUGUCGAGGGCGUGCGACCUCUACGUGAGCUGCAUGUCCGGCUGCGCGCGCCGCAUGCCGGCGGGGGCUGUGGUGGGUGGCCGCGGCUUCGGCGGGCCGGCCACGACCAUGCACCUGCGGGCGAGCUCGGAUCGCGCCGACGACCCUGUCCGUGCCGCGUCGAAACAGCGCCGCGUCGCGCCCGAGCCGGUGGACGUCGGGGCAGCGAAGAGGAAGGUCCACCUUAGCCAGGCGCCGGCGGCCGUCCUGUCGCGGAGGAAGCCCCCGGCGACGAUGGUGACCAUCGCUGAGGACGGGCCGUGCGAGUUCGGCGCCUGCCCGCUGAAACGUCCAGAGCAGAGGAGUCGCGGCGCGGCGGUGGGCGGACUGGCCGCGCGCGGCGGUGGUUUUGGUGCCAUCAAGGUGGGGAGCAAGGCAUUCGAGAGCCGACCGUGACGCGUGCGUACAAUACACGCGCGUGAUAAAACUUAGCUUCUUUCUUCUAGCUAGAUGUCCAUUCAUUGAUUCCCCAAGUUCUCUCUCCCUCUUGAUGAUUUCUUAUUGACAGAUUUUUUUUUUAAAGGACCAGAUCUAUUAUAAAAAUUACAUUGAAAUUUCCAAACCA